CAGUCAUCCAAUGGCUGCUUAGCUAGAAAGUGGAAGUAACCUUUACACGGGUCAUGCAGCUGUUAACAUUGCAACAGGCCCCUGUAGGUGAUACCCGAAUACACAGAAAAUCUUGGGGUCCGUGACAGUGGAACGACACAAUGAACGCUGUUUGAUAUGCCCAAGGUCCUAAUAUUUCCUCCCAUUACCUCCGCUUUUUCCGAUGCUCGAUCGGCCUGGUGUAGCAUCUGAUUCUCAAGUUGCUUUACUAUUUCUGCCACAGUCGCUUCAGAACUGCGGAUAGACACAGUAGGUCCUAAGCUGGUCCGAUGCCUUCACCCUAUUCAUCAGAAGCCAGGAAUUGGCAGUCCCCGAGCCCUCGGGUAUCUCAACCAGGAUUGGAAGUUGCGAACGCUGGAUCAGAUCUCCCGGAGGUCGUUCCACAAGAUGAAAAGUUCAUACAAGUCCUGACCGCUCGGCCAUCCUCCUCAUUACCAUCAACAACAUACCGAAGCGCACAUAACCCGUACGGCGAUCACGAUGCUACACGAAGCGACGUGGAGCGGCCUCUUCAGAAUGGAGCAGCAGGUGAAGCUGGCCUUGAGAAGAGUGUAGCUUCGACGAAGCGCGAGACAAUAUGCGGUUUUAAGAGGAGAACUUUCUUCUACUUGCUCGCCGCCAUUUUCUUCGUUGCUAUUGCAACUCUGGGGGGCGUCUUGGGAGGAGUUCUGACCUCUUCUCGGAACAACAACUCGGACAGUGCCAGCUCUCCUCAGUCGGCAACAACAAGCCCAAGCCCAACCCGAACGACUACCAUAACGAGCUCAGGACCAACAACACCAACGACAACCACAAGGUCGUCGGCUAGUGCAAAUCCAACGUUUGUCACGACAAGCGGCCCAGGAGGUGUCCAUAUUGAGUGCCCGGCAGCUGAUGGUGAGAGGUACACGCACGCCGACACGGGUAAGGUGUUUCGGCGGGAAUGUAACCGGAAUUACGUCGGUGGGGACGUUCACAACUUGACUGCGACAGACUUCGAGGAAUGCAUAGAUGCGUGCGCCGAGUACGCGGGCUGUCUCGGGGCCAAUUGGAUGUACAGAGGUGAACAGGGGACGGCCAAUAAUUACUGCUGGAUUAAGACUACCUUGAACUCAGGGAUUGAUGAUUCCGGUUGCGAGAGCGCCGUGCUAAUGCAGGAUUGAGUGGGCAUUGCUUCAAGAGUGCUGUGUGAUGACUAAUCAAGGGGCGUUAAUGGCAUUUAUUUGGUGGGAAAUGAAGCAUUUCCAUGCGCUUAGUAGGAUAUGCCCUUCGUCUAUUAAAUAUCAGUAUCUAUCGAGAGGUGAGAGGUUGAUGGUUGAACCAGUGGGUAAGAAGUGACACUUCGCUGACCUCUUUUCAUCCACUUGAAUGAAUCUCAGGGCUUUGCAACUGUCACGUAAGUGCUCGGAGUAACGAAUGCUCGAGUGUAUCGUGGCGGCCAUGUCUGACAAACCAAGAAGCUUGGUUCCUAUGGGGUCUUAUCGUUGGCAACGACCAACCGUUUGUCGCCGACGGCGAUCGAAAUGCUCUCGAGCCUGUGUUCGCGUGAUUUACACAUCUGGUUAUUUGAUGCACAGGCUUGGAUGAUGAUAUCACUUGAUUUCAACUACCGUUCUCGUGUAAAUAUAUGG